AUGGUAAAUUUCAGAUCUUUGAGUGGAUGGACAAAGAAUCAUCAGUCUACUUAUGGAGCUCUUAUGAACUGUUAUUGUGUGGAACUCAAGGAAGAGAAGGCAAAGUCUCAUUUCGAGAAGAUGGAUGAGCUUAACUUUGUUAACAACUCGUUGCCAUUUAACAACAUGAUGUCAAUGUACAUGCGGUUAGGUCAACCAGAAAAGGUUCCUCUGCUUGUUGAUGCGAUGAAACAGAGGGGUUUACUUCCUUGUGAGAUCACUUACUCUAUAUGGAUGCAGAGCUGUGGAAGUUUGAAUGAUUUAGAAGGGUUAGAGAAGGUUAUAGAUGAGAUGGGGAAAGACUGUGAAGUUAAAACCACUUGGAAUACAUUCUCUAGCUUGGCUGGGAUCUAUAAUAAAGCUGGUCUUUACGAGAAGGCGGAGUCAGCUCUGAGAACCAUGGAGGAGAAGAUGAAUCCUAACAACCGACACGCACAUCAUUUUCUCAUUAGCUUGUACGCUGGAAUCUCAAAGGCUUCUGAGGUUGAACGAGUUUGGGAGUCGCUGAAGAAGGCUCGUCCUGAGGUCAACAACAUGAGCUACCUUUUCAUGUUUAACUACAGAGAGAAUAUGAUAACCUCUCUUUAUGUGAUUGGUUUCUCUUGUUUACAUUACAAGUAUGGAAAUUUUUUUUUGCUUUGCUCUUGUUGUUGA